AUGAGCUUAAUCUUAUCCGUAGAUGAUACAAAUAAGCUACGAGAAAAAGUAGGGUUGAAACCGAUUCCGGUUCCGGAGAAAAAAAAUUUACAGCCGUCAAUUUCCAAAGAUGAAACCAAAAUUGUUGAGUUAACGAUUUCAGAGACAAACGAAUUGAGGAAAAAAUUAGGUUUAAAACUUAUACCUGAUGAAGAUAGCUUGCUAGAUGAAGAAAGUCGAAACUACCAAAAAUUAAAGGAUGAAGAGUAUAACAAACAACGCAUAGAACAGGUCAGGUCUGAAAUAUCCAAAACUAAAUCCGAGCUGAAAUCCAGUGACAUGUUGAGAAAAGGUGGCUUGCUGGACAGGGUUUCUUCAAAUUCGAGUGUAAUGGAUUUCGACUCCUGGUUAGACAAAGUGGGUGCUGAAGUGAAAGUCAAGGCAAAAUCUAUAAAGAAAUUAAGCUUCAAAAAGGAAAAAACGUCUGAAACAAGCAUGGAGAAUGCACCAAUAGAAGCCAACAGCUCAGACCUGACAGGAGGUAAAGUGUUGACAGCUAAAGACGUGAACGUUCUUAGUGAAAAUGAAAAUGAAGAGUUUGAGAAUAAGCAAGAGACAGUGGAAAACGAAAUUCUCAAAUCUCUUGAUGAGAAGAAGUCUAAGGGAAAACUGGUUCCAUUCAAUGAUGCAAAUCAUGAAGUCGAAAAGGAGUCAAAAAAGCGUAAGCUCGAAUCUUUACAUGAAGCCCUGCAAGAUGAAAUUGACAGCACAGUUCUGGAAGAGGAGAAAAUCAACAACAUCUUAAGAAGAGACGUUUCCAAAUUCAAAAAGCCCAAAAAGAGUAAGGGAAAUAAUGAAAAAAGAAAAAGGGUUUUCAGCACCGCCCUUGAGGAUAGAGAGUUCAAGCCCGUUAUUUUGAGUGUGGAUGAUGAGGAAAAAGGAGAUAACGACCUGGAAAAUCUACUUAACAUGACUAGGGUAAAAUCACUGAAAAGUCGUAGGUUUGAAUAUGAUAAUGCACCUGAAGAUUCUAACAAAAAUACCUUUAUUGAUGAGAACAUUGAAUUUUUGAACAGAGUUCACCUGGAGAAAAAGGAACCUCAAGUGGAAACUGAACCGAUUAGGCCCAACGUCCAAGACACUGCUGAAACUGAAACCAAUAGUUUUACUAGAACAAGAUACGUCGAUAUACUCAACUCUGAUGAAAAGACAAAGAACCCAUCAUAUGGAGUUUCCGACCUUUUGGAUGUAAUAAAGCUGAAAACGUCAACAUCAAAAAUAUCCAAAGAUCCCGAUGACAUUAAUAUUGUCUAUACAGAUGAUGAUGGGAGAAGCUUAGAUCAAAAGGAAGCUUUCAAGUAUCUAUCUCGUAAAUUCCAUGGCUCCAAAAAGAAGUGA